CAUGUAGCACCGAAACUGGUGCCCAUUGCUAUAAAAUACGUACGGGGUCGAUCGGCAUCCUGGCUCUGCAGGCAAAGUGCAUUCAGUUCGACUGCUAGUAUUCUAUGUAUCAAGCUAACGAACGUUAGCUACCACGAGUCAGACAUCCACACUAGCUAUAUAGUUAGCCACGUUGAAGGAAGUUCAAAAGAUUUCCUGGUAGGGAAUGGAAUGAGGGACGAUACAAAAGAAAAAGCGAUGGCAGGACCAAGGCCUGUGGUGCUGUCCGGACCAUCGGGGGCUGGGAAAAGCACCCUCCUGAAGAUGCUCAUGAAGGAAUACGAGGGCGUCUUCGGCUUCAGCGUGUCGCAUACGACCAGGGACCCCCGACAUGGAGAGGAAAAUGGCAAAGGCCUGAAUCGCCUCCCUAUGCUUGUCGGGGCAGCAUUAUUGCCUGUAGCAGAUGUCCUGUCGUCCGUGUCAUCUGACGGUCUAGUAGAAGAUUACCAUUAUGUGACGAGAGAGCAGAUGACUGAGGGGAUUGCUAGUGGUGAAUUUAUCGAGAACGCAGAGUUCUCUGGGAACAUGUACGGAACAAGUAAGGCCUCGGUGCAGGACGUCCAGGCUAAGAACCUGAUCUGCAUCCUGGACGUUGACAUACAGGGCGUUAAGAAUAUCAAGAAGACCGACCUCAACCCCAUCUAUGUGUCCAUCCAGCCACCCUCCAUGGAGAUCCUGGAAAAGCGUUUGAGGGAUAGACAGACUGAAACAGAGGAGAGCCUACAGAAGCGUUUGGAAACGGCACGACUAGACAUUGAGCUCAGCAAGGAACCUGGCAUAUUUGAUCUUGUGAUCAUCAAUGACAACUUGGAAGAAGCCUAUGGGAAGUUGAAAGACGUUCUUGUUGAUGAAAUUGCAAAAGUCCAGGAAGCCAACAAGUCGUAGGCAGCCAAUUGCAGCACAGCACCUCUCUCUGGCCGCUCCUCAGACUGCGAUGGCCCACCUUCCAUUCCGAAAUCCUAACAUUCCGUCACAGCUAGUUUACCAGUCCAUUUUACAUCCCAUCCCCUGCUCCUGUCCUAGCUGACCCACCUCUAUCCUGAAGGGUUCAGAGGUGUUUUACUGGGAAUAUCAUGUUUCGUGUCCAGGUUAGCAUUUAUCGCGUACUGUACAUACAUACAUACAUUGAUACCAUGUACCGUUUUCUGCCAGAUGCUUACAGAUCAGUAGCAGAGUUUUCCUUUUACUGCAAAUGGGAAAAUUUAACACCAAGUGGCACACUCCUGUUCAACAUUGAUGUGCUGUUUUAACACUCCUUUGCCAGUUGCACUGUAAUUUGUAAGGAUUAAGGGUUGUUCAGAUUGGCUGAAAAAUGAGGGAAACAAAUGAAAAGUUCAAAUGAUAUAACAGUGUAUCAUGUAGCGCGAUCACACCUUGGGCUGGGCAUGUGUGCCUGGUUUAUGUGGCAUACCAAGCGUGUUUGUAACCCUUUAGUGCAGAUCAAGAGGCUAAUCCCAUCAUAAACUCAGAACAAAGAGGAGUUUAGGCUACAGCCUAUGAAAGCCAGGGACCCAAGCAAUGAUGCGCCCUCAUUCAGAACACUCGCAGAUGCAGAUGCUCCUGCUGCCCUCAGUUCCUCAGAAAAUUCUCAGUUGUGUAUAUUUACUUUAUCAGUGUAUAUUUACUAGUGUAAGUUUGGCAGCUAUGAGUUACAUCUUCAGGAACACAAUGCUGAAUUUGCUUCACACAAGAAAGCACACAUACCAUUUAAAAACUGAUUAUGCUCAACAACAGGAAAUUGGCUGAAGGCAUCUCCUUUUCAGUGUUUUAAAAUCUAUUUUUCUUUGUUUUGACUUUUUCUUUAUAUUCAUUGUGCUCUUUUGUCAAUAUCUAGAUCAUUGUUUUAAAGAUGUUGUUGUACGUUGCUUUGCUUCGAUACUGAAAAAUUACAAGGUCGGUUGAAAAGCUUUUUUCUUCCGUUUACGUGUUCAUUUGAAGGCCUAAACUUUGUUUAUAGAAGGACCAUUGCACAUAUUAAAAGGUGUAUUAUAAUAAUGAGUUGUGUUAGAAUAGGAAGCAACACUGUUUUCAAGAAUAUUAUACAUUCAAUAUUAUUUAAAUGUCAUUAAAUUGCUAAUUAUGGUUGCAUAUCAAUUUGUUUUUGAAAUAUACAUUCAUGUUCAAAACUUUAUAGACCGCGUGAUCCAAGCAAGCAGCCAGUCUGUCAGAUUUUUGUUGCGUUUUCAAUUGUACAUUUAUAGAAAUGUUUUGAAAAUUUGUUUUUUGUUUUUUUUAAACUAUUUAUAGGCUUAUGAUUUUUGAGUGUGCACCCCACAUACAUAUAAAACCAUAGUCAUAUUCUCCACUGAUAAAUGGUUUCAAUACAAAGGAAAGGUGUAAACAGAACCCAUGCACAGGGCAAAGUUCACAUGGAACAACUUUGAACCAAACACACAAGAUGUCUGCUCUGAAUUAAAUAUUGGAUGUUAAAAAUACCACCAGCAGAGAAAUUGUAAACCCCUGGAAGUUUGAUUGCACAUAGGAUUACAUAGUGUAAUUUCAACUCAUAGUUUGUCAACUAGAAAUAAAACGCACUCAAAACGCUAAUAGUAAUGCAUUUGAUAGAUUUGACAAUAGGGUCUGCUAGUAUUUGUAACCUAUAUUCUCCAAAUGCCAAGCUUGGCCAGAACGAACUGACCUUCCCAAUAAUAGCAUUUCCUCAAACUGAAAUAAUUCCUUCGAAUAAACUGCUUUGGUCUUUGAACAUAAGUUAUUGAAUAACAAUAUGUUGCUUAAUGGUUUCCACAAUAGUGCUUUUUAAAUUAAAUUUUUUUAAAUGUAUUUUUUAUUUACAUUUUGUUAGUGUUUAACAUCCCAACUUAAAAUGCAUGACUAUGAAGUAUCCAUAGAAAGUGCACUUUGGUUCUAUGUCUGAUUGCGGAAGUGAACCACCCUUUAACAUAAUACCAGUCCUCAAGUUACAAGUGUGUCUUUGUAACGUUUUUGUAUGUCAUCGUGCUAGUAAAAUAAAAGGUGAUGUGCACCACUGUAA